CCAUAUAAUUUAAUCACCUUCUUACUCACUUCCCUGCCUACACAAAUUAACCAUAUGGAUCCAGCAGAGCCUCAGGUGAUCCGGAUCGAACUAAUUUGGUACGGCAGGCCAGUAACCAGCAUUAACAUCUCGGUUGAUGAAACAGUUAUGGAAUUGAAGAAGAAAAUAGAGGCAAACAAUGCAAUUGGAUUGGUAGCGGAAAAGCAAGAGCUUCACUUCAAUGGGCAGUCACUGAAAGACGAAAUGAAGCUGGAACACUACGAAAUUCCAAACGAUGCUACCAUCACUGUGUUUACCAAAAUACAAAUAUCUGUGAGGAAAGACAGGGUCUCCUAUCCUUUUGAUGCACACAACGGCAUGACUGUGGGUGACCUCUACAACAUGGUUUCUGCUCAAUUUGGCAAGCCUACUGAUAAGAUCGUGCUCGAUUUGGCAGGAGAGUUACUUGUCGAUGAACAUAGGCUUCUUAGUGCUGUUGAUUUUGAUGGUAGUGAAGUAUAUUUUAAUUGACAUAUAUGUAGUAGCUUAUUUGGAUGGAUUAUAGAGGCGUUGAAUUAUCUAUCUUUAGCUUAAUGUGGUAUUUAGGAUUAGGAAUGAGUAUGCAUGUCCUAUGGUCAAUAAAUGUAAGGUGUAAUUAAUA